AUGUGGGACGCUCCUCGCCCGCCGUUCGGGGCAUUCCGGGGUCGUACAGGAGAGUCUUACCCUCCAAGAUGGCCGCAAGGUCCUGAACCAAGAAUGAGGGGACGUAGUCCUUUACCAUUUCGAGGUGGAGCUGUACCUCCUGGUCCUUCCUACACCGGCCAAGGAGGUGUUCCCUUCAGCUAUAGAGAUGCAGGGAGAGGCCAGGAAGGAGCUUGGGAGGAGAGCAGGCCGGCACCAAAGGAGCAGAUGAACAUCCCGAGAAGAGGGGCACCGCCAGCAAAUUUUAGAGACGUGGCAGAUAUGCGCUAUUCGGAGCAGGGUCUAGCCCCGGAUAUGGACUAUAGAGAGAGGGAAGUUCUGGAGCAGAGAAAGUGGAAGACGCCAGAUGUGGACUAUAGAGCUGAGGAAGGUCAGAACAUUGGCUACAGGGUGAGGCUUUCACCGCCUGACUAUAGGGAGCGGGAUACCUCGGAAUACAGAAGAAAGUUGAUCAUUGAAAAGGAGAUCCAAGAGAGGGAGGCUUUAGAACUGGAGCACCGAAAGAGAUUGGCAACCGCUCUCGAUUAUAGGCAGAGGCAUGCCGCCGAAAUGGAGUACAAGUUACGACUGGAAGCUAUACUAAAACGUAGAGAAAGAGAAGAAGAAAUGCUGCUUCGAGAGAGAGAGUACACCGAGCGCUUGCUGAGGGAGAGGGAGGUUCUGGAACGGAUACGAGAUAGGGAUACUGUGGCCUUGGCCCACAGAGAUAGAGAGGUUGCAGGCUUGGGCCUUAGAGACAGGGAGGCUCCUGCGUUGUCUUUUCGGGAGAGAGAAGUUAUGGAUUACACCGAGAGGGGGCUGCCUGCACAUGUUAGAGAGUCUACAGACCUUGAUUUAAGGGUCAAGGAAUCUGACAAGGAUUUCAUGGGAAGAGAACGAGAUUUGAAGUAUCAGGAGAGCCUGCCUAGAAAAUACUCAGAAAGUGGGACCUUGUCCAUGCCAUAUCAGGAGAGUCUGUCUAGAGAAUACUCAGAUAGUGGAACUGCAUCCAUGCCCUAUAGGGAGCAAGAGAAGACCGAUGUGGAGUACAUGGAGAUAGAAGACCAAGAGAAAGACACUUUGGAUGUCAGUACUGUGAAAGGCUCUGGGGGAUUUACCUCAAUGAAUAAGAAGUCUGCAGAAAUGCCUUACAGACAAGGCAAGGCAGCUCAUGUGAGCUAUGACAAGGGGGAGUCCCAGGCCCAAAGGCCAGAAUUCCACAAACACACUGAUGCAGACUACCGUGAGAAGGAGUGCGCGGACUCCGAUUACCGUGACAAAGAGAGUUCGGACUCAGACUAUCGAGGCCGAGAAAAUGCCGAUGUAAACUACCGAGACAUGAAGACCACCAAUGUUAACUACCGAGACGCAAAGACUGCUGAUGUAAACUACCGAGACAUGAAGGCCACCAAUGUAAGCUACCAAGACACAAAGACCACUGACGUGAACUACCGAGACAUGAAGACCACCAAUGUAAGCUACCAAGACUCAAAGACUGCCGAUGUAAACUACCGAGACGCGAAGACCGCUGAUGUAAACUACCGAGAUAUGAAGACUGCUGAUGUGAGGUACCGAGACACGAAGACCUCUGAUUCAGAUUACCGAGAGAAGGAUAGCGCAGAUUCGGAUUACCGGGAACGAGAGAGCACAGAUACGGAUUAUCGGCAGAACGCAGAGGAUUAUGUUAAAAAAAAGCACAGAGAAAAUGGAGACUGGAAGAGACUUUUUGGUUUCCAAAAUGGAAGAGGACAAAAAGUUGAAAUCAACAACUGAUUAUCCUUUGAUUCCGACAGAGAUGGACAAGAAAACUGGGCCAAAAAAAGUUGAACUAAUUCCAUUUUUGGCUUUCAGCGAGGAAGAGUUAUCCGCGUUGUCCAGUAUAAUAGUUGAGGCUAAUUCUAAACCUCCUGCAGAGGUUCAAGCACCGAGCAGGUCGAAACCCAGUUUUCCUGGGAAACUGGACACAGAUUUCCGAGACAAACCAAAGCCUGAAAACAUUAAUAGCGGAACCAAGGAACGGGCUGAGAAAGCUACGGGAUAUACAGCACACAGCACCCCUGAGGAGCUCUGUUCAGGCGAUCAGGACUUACGCAGUAAAGACAGCUUCGCUAAGGACCCAACAAGGUGGAAGGCGAUCAAGAUUUGCGGACCAGUGGACACAAUCAGAAGGAUGAGGAUCUCCGAGGAGGGGAAACAAAGACCCCUGAGGAAUUCUUUACCCAGAAUACUCUACUUCUGGACUUUCUGCGACUGGCAGCCAGAGAGCUAAGAGAGAAAAGAACUAACGUGUCAGAGGCUAAAGACGAACCCACCACUCUCACCCCUGCCGUACCUGAUCCCAGUGCUGCCGAAACGUUUCACCCAGAUCUCAGCACCAGGCCUUCCAGGCCAUUGGUCCCAGGAAGUAGCAUGGCCCCAGGGAUUGAAUACCUAUGUGGAGAGGAUACCGAUUAUAGAAACAUGGACUUCAAUGAUGUGGACCUGAGAGUUGGCCACAGACCAGAUAAACGUUUGGCUGAGAAAAGAUCUUGUGAAGACCCUCAGCCUGGGAGUAAGGAUAAGGACUAUCGCAGGACAGCCAUACCUGAAGGGGCGACAAAGAUCAUAUGGCUGGACGGUCUUCCCACUGGAGCCUCUCGGGAAGAGAUCCUGUGCGCGCUCGGAAGUGCGCACAACGUGCCAGAAAACAGCGUGAACCUCAUCGGAUACCUUCCAGGUGAGUGUACGGUUU